AUGGAAACAAUCAACCAAGCCACCGCAGCCCUCAAGGAGACCAUCUGGGGCGACGAUACUGCCACAACCACAAACAAUAACACCAAUAUCAACGGCACCACCGUCAAAGGUCACGGAAACCACUCCGAAAUCCACAAAUCCAUGAUCGAUGACAAAAUCACAGAAACAAGAUCCAACGGCCGUCUAGAAUCUGAUCCAGACGCCGAAGGUGCCUACCAACCCGGUCAAGAUCAUGAUAUCGAUACCAAUAAACGUCCCCAAGGUCCCAUUUCUACCGGUGGACAACCACAGGGCGCAAAUGUUACCGGUGAUAAUAGGGGUACAAAUCAAAAUCCCUUCAGCUCAUCAAACGAACCCAAUACCGGCUUCGGUGGCUCGGCUGGUGCACAACCAAGCGUCAAUGCCGACCCUUCAUCAGCUCAGCAGGACACCCAUCAACAUCAAGGUGGUAGCAAACCCACCGCUGAACCAGAUACCCCUUUAACCGGUAGCGGCGAUAGCAAUGUCUCUGGUGCUAGCGGCGGAUCAAUGGGUGGUGGAGCUGGAGGUCCAGGGGGUAUGAAGUUACCGGACUCGGAGAAUGAGAGCAAGGGAGAAGGCACUGGGACCAAAUAUGAGAAGAGUACUGGUUUGGCAGCCGAAGGUGGGGAUUUCGAUGCCACUCGCCCUGGAGCUGCCCGUGAAGCUGCUAGAUUGAUGGACGAGAAGGGUAUCACCCACGGAGACAGUAAAGGUGACUCUGGUGAACCAAAGAAGGAAAAGAAAUGGUACGGUGUCGACCACAGCGGCUUCGGCGGCCACGGAAGCCACCAAAACAAACGUCUAUCAGUAUCAAGUUCCAAAUCCGCAUCCGAGACUCCGGAUGGUAAUGAAAACAUCACUGCCGACACCACCACCACUGAUAACACCACCACCACCGCCACCACUGACAACUCCGAUUAUCAUUCUCAUACCGAAAAGAAAGGAUUGUCGCAAAGGAUUAAGGAGAAACUUCACCAUUCUUCCGGGUAG